ACCGCCUGACGUGUGAGUACAGGCGUUCUUAACCCAAAGCGCAAUCUAUGAAUGAGCAUUGGGAACUUCCUGAAACGUUAGGUGAACUGUAGUGGUUAUGGGUGCAAUCCAGAUGAGAAACUGCAGAUGACACUGGCCAGGGCAAUGGUUUGGUUUUGUGUUUUGAACUGUGAACCUCUUUGAGAGUCUGCAGUAUUCUAGAAAGAGCUGUCUGGAUCCCGAGGAAGUUCCAGAAAGAUAAGUACUUGAAUUAUAAAAUACAGUGCUUUAUUCUGGUCAUCCUUGUAAGAGCUCCAAGUAGGAGACAGCAGCCGAUGAUCUUGUAAGACAUACACCUUGGACUGCCCAGAAAACAGCCUGCUUUGAGGGGUCUUUCUAGACACUGUGGUUCUGUCAGUGCUUGGUGUUUUCAGAAAUGAAGAGUGGGUGUUGCCGGAAUAGAGGAACAGGCUGGCAGAGUUGGUAAUUACUAGAGUUGUAAAUUACUUGUUUCCACUUAUCACACCCCUACUGGUUACCAAAGGGACACCUACCAAAUUGAAUCAGAAGAAAGAAACCUUUGAGUUUUGUCAGGGAAGCUUAGUAAGGCUGCACUUACUGUGCACUUCGUGUUCACUUAGCACUUAGAAUUUGCUAAUUCUUGAUUCUGGGAUCAUUGUGAAUAUUAACACUUUGCUGAUAUCCCACUGUCAUCAGCAACCUCCUAACCCCUGUAUAACAUCGCCAGUUAUAUUAUUUAACAUCCCUAAAUCAAACACUGCCUUGGGUUCUUAAUUCUGAUUUCAAGAUGUCAUGGUACAGUUGAAAAACCACUGAUUUUAACACCCAAAAUAGGGGAUUGCAGUCCCAGUUCUACUAUUUAUUGGUUGUGACCUGAACAGCUUUUACAGAUGUGUGACAGGGAAAAUAACACCUGCUCUGUUAUGUCAGCAGGUAAUUGUGAGGAUCAGAUGACACAUGGAUGUGAAGGUGCAUUGCCCAGUACGAACUGCUACAUGCACAUACAUGCAGUUCAAGUACCAGUAAAACAUGAAAAGCAUAGAGUGAUAGAAUUCAAAGGGAUCUUAAAAUAUCAGCAGACUUAAGUUCUUUAUUGUAAAGGGAAAGAAACUGAGACCUGGUAUAAAAGAUCAGCAGCAGUUAACUUCCUUGAAGGAAGUGUGUGGCAGACCCAUCACUGGCGUCUGUGACGAUUGAAAUCGUUAUCUUAUGGCCUCAAUUGGAAGCCCUUGUUGCUUCAUAGGAACUAUAUGAGGGUGGUUGGAAAAGUUCAUGGAAAAUGCACAUCAUGAACAAACCACAUGGAUUUCUAAAAUUUUUGCACCAAUAUAAGCUUACCUUUUAAUUUUAUUUUUCCAUGAACUUUUGACAUGUUCUCAUAUUAGUCCUGUAUUUGACCCAUAAAGAAUACCCAAGGGAACAUUUCCAACGAGAAUGUACUGCUCGGGAAAGUUCUCCACAGGCCUAGAAGGAAUUGCCAACUUCCUUGAAGGAAACGUCUCUUGGCCUGAUAUAUCCCAGCAUGGAUUCAUGCUGUUGUGUCUCUGACCAUGUAAGAGAAAUUUUAUUCCAGAGAUUGUCAAUUUAAGCAAAAUAUGCCAAAAUGUGUUGUUACUAUUUUUCUUUUUUUAUAAAAGGCAAGAUGCUUAUAAGUAAUAAGAGUCCAUUUUGUGGACUCCAUAAAAUGGAAAUGAUUUCUGGGACUUUGCAUAAGAAACUUAGUCCUCAAUUCUUUUAUUUCUUGUUCUCCCCUACAGCCACCAAGACUUGUUGAUACUUAAUACUUAGUCAUCCUGAUGUCUUAAGUGAAAUCCAUUGACAAAAUUUCCCUCUCCCUAUUCCCCACCUAAAUUGAACACUCAAAGGAGAGAAUUAGGAUAAAGCAAGCCUAAUCCUUCCACACACAUCAGAGCCUUGUAGUAUAUCAUCAUCCUUCCUUUUGUCCUUUUGACCAGUCAGUUUCUGGCAGCCUCACCACUGUUGCCAUAGAGACAGUGAUAUCACCAGUUGUGAUUCUGACCUCACUCCCCAGUCCCAACAAGGGGGAGUUGCAUGGAAGGCUCUGGGAGAAAACAAGAUCUUGAGCUGAGCAAGGACAUCCCAGCAUCUUCAUUGACUUUAAAAAUAUAUUCUGGAGUCUCCUGUGGUUCACUACUCAAGUGCUACAGAGGACAAGUUAGAAAGUUUUGCAAGUCUAAAGCUUCGUGGAUGCAGAUGAACACAGAGAGGGCAUAGAAAAUAGAAUAAAAACAUUAUGGCAUUUAUUCCUGAUAUUACAUGGCAGGAGGGGUGGGUAAACAUAGGGAUAGUGAAGACAACAACGGGUUAAUCAAGAGCUUUCCUCAUUUCUCAGAACCUGCCCUCAGCAAGAAUGUCAGAGAGGGUGGACUGGUUACAAAGCCAAAAUGGAGUAUGCAAAGUUGAUGUCUAUUCACCUGGAGACAACCAGACCCAGGACUGGAAAAUGUCAGAUGAAUCCUUGUCUGUUCUCAAGGAAGUCUCAAAAGAUCCUGUCAGAGUGCUCAGCUGGCUCCGCCGAGACCUGGAAAAAAGUACAGCGGGGUUCCAAGAUGUUCGGUUCAAGCCUGGAGAAUCACCAUUUGGCGAAGAAACGACCAACAUAGGAGACCCACACAGAGGUUUCUCUGUGGAUGCUUACAACACCACCAACAAAGGCAGCCCAGGGAGAUUUCAUUUUGAGAUAACUCACAAAGAGAGUCCUGCCCAGGGCCCCGGUGCCGUACCUGGCAAUGGAAGAUCAGUGGAUGAAGUUUCCUUCUAUGCCAACCGCCUCACAAAUCUAGUUAUAGCUAUGGCCCGCAAAGAGAUCAAUGAGAAGAUUGAUGGUUCAGAAAAGAAAUGCAUUCAUCAGUCAUUGUACAUGGGGGAUGAACCUGCACCCACCAAAAGCCUGAGUAAGGUAGCAUCCGAGCUGGUGAAUGAGACCGUCUCUGCAUGUUCCAAGAAUAAUGACUCAGACAAGGCUCCCGGUUCUGGAGACCGAGCCUCUGGAUCAUCCAAUAUCCCAAAUUUGAAAAAGAAGUCUACUUUGAAGAUCAAGGAGAGCACCGUGGAAAGCAAGGGUGCAGAGGACAAACCUGUUUCUCGGAAGUCUUUCUUCUAUAAGGAAGUAUUUGAGUCUCGUAAUGCAGGUGAUGCCCGAGAGGGUGGAAGGUUACCUGGAGAGAGGAAGCUGUUUAGGGGUCAGGAAAGGCCUGAUGACUUUACAACUUCCAUUAGUCAAGGGAUCAUGACCUAUGCUAAUAGCGUGGUAUCUGACAUGAUGGUCUCCAUCAUGAAGACACUGAGGAUCCAGGUGAAAGAUACAACCAUUGCCACCAUCCUGCUGAAGAAGGUACUGAUCAAGCAUGCCAAAGAAGUGGUCUCUGAUCUCAUUGACUCCUUCAUGAAGAACCUCCACAAUGUCACAGGGACCCUGAUGACUGAUACAGACUUUGUCUCAGCUGUGAAAAGAAGCUUCUUCUCUCAUGGAAGCCAAAAGGCCACGGACAUCAUGGAUGCCAUGCUGGGUAAGCUAUACACUGUGAUGUUUACCAAGAAAUUUCCUGAGAACCUCAGGAAAACUAAGGACAAGCAAGAGAGUUAUUCCCUCAUGUCCAUGAAAGGAAUGGGUGACCCUAGAAACCGAAAUGUAAACUUUGCAAUGAGAUCUGAAGCUAAGUUGAGAGAAAAAAUGUAUUCUGCCCCCAAGCCUGAGAAGGAGAAGACUUGUGCGGAGACUCUGGGUGAGCACAUUAUCAAAGAGGGACUGACCAUGUGGCAUAAAAGUCAACAGAAAGAAUGCAAGUCUCCAGGUUUUGAACGUAAGUCUCCAAGUUUAGAACGUAAGUCUCCAGGUUUUGAACGUAAGUCUCCAGGUUUUGAGCAUGUAACAUUUUCAGCUCCCAACAAACAGUAUAAACCUGCACCAGACAUUCCUUUUGGGUUUCCCCAGGAUACUUGCACCCUCAGCCCCCUGCUGCAUCAACCAGAGCAACCUGAGAAUUUUAUGUACGAGUCAGACUCCUGGGCCAAAGACCUGAUUGUAUCUGCUCUACUUCUAAUUCAAUACCACCUCGCCCAGGGCGGAAGGAUGGAUGCACAGAGCUUCCUGGAAGCUGCGGGCAGCACCAACCUUCCCACCAAGAAGUGCCCUGUAGUUCCUGACGAGUCCAGCCUUAAGAUUCCUCAUGUGGUUGGUGACCAAGAGCAAGCCGAAAAGAAGGACCUCAUGAGUGUCUUCUUCAAUUUUAUCCGGAACUUACUUGGGGAGACCAUUUUCAAGAGUGACAAUAGCCCUGAACCCAAGAUGCCAGAACAGCCAGCUAAGGAAGAAAGUAGUCGCCACUGUGAGAGACCUGUAACACCUUCUCCCAUCAAACUAAAUGAAGGCGAUGAGACUGGGGGCGCCUUUUCUGGGCUGACCAAGAUGGUUGCCAACCAGCUGGAUGGCCACAUGAAUGGGCAGAUGGUAGAACACCUGAUGGACUCCGUGAUGAAGCUGUGCCUCAUAAUUGCCAAGUCUUGCGACUCUCCCUUGGCAGAACUAGCUGAAGACAAGUCUGGGGAUGCCGGCAGGCCAAAUUCUGCCUUCCCUGAUAAUCUCUAUGAGUGUUUGCCAGUCAAAGGCACAGGGACAGCAGAAGCUCUCCUGCAGAAUGCCUAUCAAGCAAUCCAUAAUGAAUUGAGAGGUAUCUCAGGGCAGCCCCUUGAAGGGUGUGCACCCAAGGUGAUAGUCAGCAAUCACAACCUCACUGACACAGUUCAGAACAAGCAACUCCAAGCCGUCCUUCAGUGGGUAGCUGCCUCUGAGCUCAAUGUCCCUAUUUUGUACUUUGCUGGUGAUGACGAAGGGAUCCAGGAGAAGCUGCUUCAGCUCUCGGCUGCCGCUGUGGACAAAGGACGCAGCGUGGGCGAGGUCCUGCAGUCGGUGCUACGCUAUGAGAAGGAGCGACAGCUGGACGAGGCAGUGGGAAACGUCACACGGCUGCAGCUGCUGGACUGGCUGAUGGUGAACCUGUGACCGGCACCACACACUGCUCCCCUUCCUGCAGCGGUGGGCCCGGCCCUCCCCCCCCGCCCCCUCCCCUUCCUCCUCACUUCCAUGGUUCCCCUCCUCUCUACAUCCUCCCAGAGGCCUCACAUUAUCUUCAUACCACUCACAGCAAAGACGUGUCAUCUUAUGCUAGUCACUGGAUUUUGCAGAUUUUCCUGUCCAUGCGAGCAAGGACAUAAAAUUAAAAAAUUACAAUUAAA